GAGUAUUCCAAUAUUUACAAUAGUUGCAAAUCGUAAAGCGAAUAUACAAAAUGCACUUAAUCAUCAUACUCGCCGUAUGCGGAACAUUAUAUGGAACGAUUAAAGCAGAGAGCGUAAAGGAGCUGCAGGCGAAAUUGAAUACGCUGGAGAAGGAGAAUGCAAAACUGAAGACAGAGCAAGAGAAGCUCCAACAUCAAGUAGACGAAUAUGACAAAAAGCGAAAAGAAAUCGCAGAUCUAGAAAAGCAGACUGACGUUUGUCAGCCUAGUAGCAGAACAAAAGCAGUGAAUGCACAGAGUGACAAUGCCACGAUGAACAGCGUUGCUCUGCCCAAGUUCUUCAACAAAAACCGUAAAAAGUUUCGAACGCCAGAGGGUCGCCGACACUUGGUUAAUUGCCUGAUCAACCUAUCCACUCCGUCCAGAUAUAGCUGUGUGCCGUACUUGCACUUUACGGGCGCCAAGACGAUAACGAUGCCCGGCGUAAAGCCAAUUCACGUUAGGUGCGAUAGCGCAACAGCUGGUUCCGGCUGGCUGAUCAUCCAGCGCCGAGUCCGUGGAACCGAAAACUUCUAUAGGACUUGGGCGGAGUAUCGAGAUGGUUUCGGGAAGCUGAAUGAGGACUCUUUUCUGGGACUGGAGAAUAUCUAUAGACUAACCAACUAUCAGAAAUUCGAGCUGUUUGUGAAAGUCGUGAGCUUUAAAGGUAAAGUUAACUGGGCCCGUUACGGCGACUUCCUAAUUGGUAACGAGGAUGAGUCGUACGUGCUGAAGAGUGUUGGCGAGUUUUCGGGCACUGAAGAUGUUCUAUCGAGAAAUGUGAACAGUAAGUUUUCCACCUACGACAGAGAGAGCAAUCCCAACAAUCUAUCGCAAAAGUUUCACGGCGGCUAUUGGUAUAUCGAAAAUGGUUUGCAAAGCAGCAAUCCCAAUGGCAAAUACUUAAAGCACCCGAACCAUUACUCGUAUGGAAUGCAUUGGGCAACUGGAGAGAGCGAGAAAUCCGUCAAAAUGAUGAUUCGUCCAGUACUGGGAUGAGACUCUCAUUGCUUUGGCAAAGUGGUCAAUAAAAACUCUUACAAAAAUAAUAAAAUAUUCAGUUAAUCGACCGAGAAUGCUUUAUUGUGAAUCAAAUGAACUCAAGAUUUGAUUUAAGAAUGAUUUAUAUAUCUUCUACUAUUGGAAACAAAAACUAUAGAUAUUUUACAGAAAUAACCAAGCCUUUGCCGACUCAAAAGAAACAUUUCUUCUUCUUGCUUGACUUUUGAGUACCCUAUAUAAAAAAUAUUUCAAUGACAACUGUCAGAAUAUUGGAUGGAACUUAAGAUGAGAAUAUGUAAAAUCGAUUUGAAACUUGGAGCGAAUGGUAUUCAAAAUAUUCAACUGAAACGCAACGAGAUCCUUAGAGCUUUCAAUUUAUUCUGAAUGUGCGUAGGAAGCAAGAGUUUUCGGAUUCAUAUCCAGGGUGUGGAAAUUUAUUUAUUUUCUUUUAUACUCGUUUUUUUACCUAUAAAAUUCGACUAUCGUGAAGCUUUGGCAUAUGCUUCAGGAAGUCAUGAGUUCGAGCAUCCCCUAGAGAAUUUCAAACAAGCGGUCAUUUUUAUAUUUUAAUAAAUAAGUUCAAUUUUUGUUUUCAAGUUUUUUAAUUUUUAAUAUUUAUUAUACGCCUUAAGGCCUCAGACCGGACGUUAUACUAUUUUUGUUUGUCUUAAAAUCUGUCCAUAAUUGGAACGAAUUACGUUAAAAAUAAUGUAGCAAAUAGUUUUACGCUUCAUUACGAAUCCGUCACAGCUACAGUUGAGCCUAGGCAUAUUAGUAUCAAGAGCCCCAACAUUUAGUUAUUAAAGACACUUAAGGCGGUAAUGCAAAAUGAAUAAAAUCAUAUUCUGUGUGCUGCUCAUGUCGUUUCUGGGAUCUAUCAACGCUGCUGGCGAAGCGCCCGCAGAGAAGGACGUGCAGUCGCUUUUGGAUAAAGCGACAAAGCUUAAUGAUGAACUGAAGGCAAAAAAUACUAAGCUCAAAGACAUGGUAAAAUCGAUUCAAGAAAUGGACGGGAGGAUCAAAGCGUUAAAGGGGAAGAUCGAAAAUUGUAAACCAAAUGGCGUUGAAAGAAAAGCAAAUGUUCCAAAGGACCUGCGCUCCCCACUGUAUAAAGCCUUGUUGGCACGAAAUCCGAAUUUGAAAUUCGAAACAGUUCAAAAAGAGCUAAUAACCUGUCUAAAAAAAUAAACAGAUAAACAUAGAGCUCUGGUGAUCUGUCAGCUAAUGCUCAAAAGAUA